GCGGGUUGGGUGUCAAUGGGCCUGGCCAGGCCGGGUGUCAGUAGUCCGGAGCUGACCGAACGCGGGGAACUGCUCUGUUCACACGGCCGAGGAGCGGGUUCAGCGAUCGGCAGCCUCCGGCCAGCAGGCGGCGCUGUGUCUGCCGCCGAGGGAGAGCAGCAGGACAGGACAGGACGGGACGGGACGGGACGCGCGAGCUACAGCUCACGGUGCCGCCAUGGUGUUAAUUCAGGAAGGAAGCAGGAGGGGGUCUGGACCGGACAUAGUUGCAGAACGUCCACCAUGACUCUGGGCCUAACUGUCUGGCCCUGGGUCCUGUUCUGCCUCGGAGCCAUCCUGCCCUUGAGAGGGUGCAGUUGGGAGAGUGCAUCCGCCGGCCCCCUUCUCCAGCACGAGCCGUUUGUGGUGGUGUGGAACAUGCCCACAGCCCGGUGCUACCAGCGCUUUGGGGUUGCCCUGCCUCUCGAGGACUACAACAUCGUGGAGAACCAAGGCAAUGCAUUCCAGGGCCAGAACAUGACCAUCUUCUACAAGAACAAGUUUGGACUCUACCCCUACAUCUCCCCGGAGGGCGAGCACCACAAUGGGGGGAUCCCCCAGAAAGUCCGUCUCAAGCAGCACCUAGAGAGGGCUGCGGCAGCGAUCACUCAGCUCCUGCAGCCAGACUUCCACGGGCUGGCCGUGGUCGACUGGGAGGAGUGGAGGCCGCUGUGGAAACGGAACUGGGGCCCCAAGGCAGUGUACAAGGAGGCCUCUGAGCAGUGGGUCCGGGAGAGGUUCCCAGAGAUGCGUGCCAAGAAGCGAGUCUACUUGGCCGAGUUAGAGUUCGAGGGAGCAGCCCAGGAGCUCAUGGAGAGGACGCUGGCACUGGGGAAAGAGCUGAGGCCCUGGGGUUUGUGGGGCUUCUACAGGUUCCCUGACUGUUUCAACGAUAACUGGACGAAGGGGGGGAAUUACACGGGGGAGUGCCAUGCCAUGGAGGUGCUGCGGAACAAUCGGCUCAUGUGGCUCUGGGAGGCCUCCACCGCCCUCUACCCGAGCAUCUACCUCCCACCCAAGCUUCCGCUGGCCAAGCGCCAGAGCUACGUUCACCACCGCCUGCAAGAGGCCUUCCGCGUGGCACGGUUUGGCCUGGAGCAGCCCCUGCCGGUGAUAGCAUACUCCCGAGUCUCCUAUCGGCACUCCGCCAGGUACCUGUCCGAGGCUGACCUGGUCCAUACGAUCGGGGAGAGCGCGGCGCUCGGUGCCAUCGGCCUGGCACUGUGGGGGGACAACUCCUACUCCCGUUCAGCUGAGAGCUGCAGGAGCCUCCGCCGUUACAUCAUCAACACCUUGGGGCCCUACGUGGUGAACGUGACGUCAGCGGCCCAGCUCUGCAGCCGCCAGCUGUGUCAUGGGCAUGGACGGUGUGUGAGGCAACGCCCCGACGAGCUGGGAGCCUUCCUGCACCUCAGCCCGCAGCAGUGGGGAGCGGACCCCAUGCUGAACAACUAUGUGGGCAUGGACGAGCCGGGCCAGAGGGCAUGGGGGCAGUUCUGCUGCCGCUGCUACCACGGGUGGACGGGAGUUAGCUGUGAGAAGCCGGGGUGGACUGAGCCCAUCAGGGGUCCGGACUGCAUUGCGCGGGCCCAUCAUCCUGACAUCUGCAGUGCAGUGCAGGACAGAAACACUGUGGGCUCCCAGAUCUGCCCUAAGUCUGCCUAUGAGAGGAAGACGGAGCUCAGGUGACCGCCUGGAUCAAGGAGUGGCUCCUGUGAUCUCAGCAGGCUCACAGAUAUGGAACUCGGGGAGAAGAGAGCCUGUGGUGGUGGUGGAAAUUCCUGCACUGACACGCCCUUUAUUCCUGGCUAGACGGUGGAUCUGCCACAGGAUGAUCAACUGUUCCUAGGGGAUCAACCGGGACUGCCCAGUCCAGCCAUAAGAAUCCAUCCUUCCCUCCCCCAAAUAAAACAAUAAUGAAUCUA